AAAACCCUCAUGUGAACAAACAACAAAACGAACAUCUGUUUCUCUUGUAAUCUACUUCUACCACUCAAACCCUUCUGGUGAUUUAUUUAUUAAAUUUAAACACUUCUGUAUUAAAAAGAGAAUUUAUAAGUUAAAAAAUGAAAGCCGUCGUACAAAAAGUUACAUCCUCAAAAAUAACUGUUGAGGGCGAAGAAAUAUGUAGCAUAGAAACUGGGCUCUGUGUUUUUGUGGGAUUUUCCAAAAAAGACACCGAAAAGGAUGUCGAUUACAUGGUAAAAAAGCUAUUAGCUUUGAAACUAUUUGAAGACAAAAUAACCGGGAAACGAUGGCAAAAAAAUGUCAAAGACUCCAACUAUGAAAUAUUGUGCGUUAGUCAAUUCUCGCUCUACAAUAAAUUAAAAGGCAACUCGUUGGAGUUUCAUCAAGCAAUGCAAGGUGACGAAGCGAAAGAGUUCUAUUAUAGUUUUUUGAAAAAAUUGGGUCAAAACUAUUGCGAGGAAAAAAUCAAAGAUGGACGAUAUGGUGUUGUAAGAAUAGUUCAUAUUCAAAAUGAUGGGCCAGUUACAAUUACACUAGAAUCUCCAGUUUUGGAUGAAAGUAAUAAAGAAAAAUAAAAUGAAAUAAACAUACUUAUAAGCGUAUAAAAUUA